AUGCCUCAGCAAGAAGAAGGUGUUAUGAGAAGGAAGCUUGUCAUCAUUGGUGAUGGUGCUUGCGGAAAGACCAGUCUUCUGAGUGUCUUCACUCUUGGGUACUUCCCCACUCGAUACGUGCCAACCGUGUUUGAAAACUACGUGACCGAUUGCCGUGUAGACGGAAAGUCUGUUCAACUAGCACUGUGGGAUACUGCUGGACAGGAAGAUUACGAACGUUUGCGACCAUUGGCUUACUCACAAGCCCACGUCAUCCUGAUAGGCUUCUCUAUGGAUACACCAGACUCGCUGGAAAACGUCAAGCACAAGUGGGCCGAUGAAGCCACAGAACGCUGCCCUGGAGUACCCAUCAUCCUGGUCGGACUCAAAAAGGAUCUUCGUGACGACCCCGUAGCACAAGAAGAGAUGCGCAAAAGAAGCCAAAAGUUCAUUACCAGCAAGGCCGGUGAGGACAUGAAGGAACUCAUCGGAGCACGAAAGUACCUGGAAUGCAGUAGUCUGACAGGCGAUGGAGUCGAUGAUGUCUUCGAGGCGGCUACCAGAGCUGCUCUGCUUGCUGUCGACAAAAAGGAUCGUGCAGGCUGCUGCAUCAUUCUUUAA